AUGGAGUACGCGGAGUACAAGGCGGACAGUAAGAACUUUGUGCUGAAGAAUCGGUCGGCGUACCGCGUGUUCGGACACACGGCGGCGACAUUGUCACAGUACUGCGUGUACGUCGCCGAGGGCGUGGCGAAGAACACGUACAACGCCUUGCGAGGGAUCAAGGACUGGCGGACGGAUGACGAGAACGGGGAGAAGAAUGACCUCGCGCCGCUAAGCGCGGGGAAAGCGAAGGACUUUUUCUACAUCGCGAACAUGUACGGGAACAUCGAGGACACGUUUAACCGACCGAUUUACUCGAGUCCCGAGGACUUUAUCGAUGUCGCAAUCCGCGCGCCAGAGCACAGCAGAGGAUAUUUCGCUCGUCUUCAGGCGACGCCAGAGUCGCGAAGGUGCCUGAACUUGGGUAGCUACAACUAUCUUGGAUUUGGGGGGGUGAAUGAGACCUGCACGCCGGUCGUUGAGCGCUCGCUAUCGGAGCAUCCGGUGACCACCGGGUCACCUGCGGCGGAGCUUGGGCGCGACUCGAAUCUGCGUGCAGUGGAGGAACUCGUGGCUAGAUUCGUAGGCAAGGAAGAUGCGUGCGUGGUGGGAAUGGGUUUCGCGACGAAUAGUACAGUGAUUCCGGCGCUGUGUUCCAAGGGUGAUCUGAUCAUUUCCGACGCCCUGAACCAUGCGUCCAUCGUCGAAGGAGCUCGACUCAGUGGAGCAAAGAUCAAGCCGUUCAAGCACCAGUGCGUCGGUGACUUGGAACUCAUCCUGCAAGAUGCUGUUUUAGGAGGGUACAACUACAAUAAGAUCGUCGUCAUCGUCGAAGGUAUUUACUCUAUGGAAGGGGAGCUUUGCAACCUGAAGCCGAUCGUUGAGGUGGCUAAAAUGUACGGAGCGCACGUAUAUUUGGAUGAGGCACACUCCAUAGGUGCCAUCGGUGCGACGGGACGUGGCGUCACAGAGGAGCUCGGCGUAGACACGAAAGACAUCACGGUUAUGAUGGGUACAUUUACGAAAUCGUUUGGCGCCGCUGGUGGUUACGUCGCGGGUGAUAAGGAGCUGGUUGAGGCAGUGAAGCGCUUCUCUCUUGGUUACACAGAGGCGGUAUCCAUGGCGCCAGCGGUUUGUGCACAAGUUCUCGCUUCGUUCCGCAUGAUAACGGGAGAGGAUGGAACUGACAUUGGCAAGCAAAAACUGACGGCUUUGCGAGAAAACUCGAAAUUUUUCCGCGAAGGUUUGGAGAACCUCGGUUUGGAAGUUCUCGGGCACCAUCCGUCACCGAUCAUGCCCGUCAUGUUGUAUCAGCCAUACAAGAUUGGCGAUUUCUCGCGACUCGCUUUCAAUCGUGGCUUAGCUGUUGUCGUCGUCGGUUCACCAGCGACACCAAUCACGCAGCCGCGUGUGAGAUUCUGCAUAUCCGCCGCUCACAAACGAGAUGAUUUGGAGAAAGCACUGCAUGACAUUUCAGACAUCUCCGACGAGCUCUGCCUGAAGUUCAAAAAGUACCCGCCAAACAGAUUUUUCCCCGGAUCAAUCGUGGUAGAGGAGGAGCGAGCACGAAAGGAGAGCCAGAAACGAGUCGCGCAGGCGCUCAAAAUAAGAGAAAAGGCUCUGGCUUCGGCUUCGCGCCUUCAUUGGGCACCAGUGAGUGUCGGGAGCAAGGUGAACGAGGAGAUGAAGCUCGAAGACGAAAAGGUGGCACAGUACGCAAAGGCUGAGCUCAGGGAUUCUUAUGACAUGGUGCUCAGCUCACAGGACUUCUUGGAUCUGACACACGAUAAAACGAUGAGAUCGCAGUGCGCUGAAACGAUUCAUCGUUACGGCCUUGGAUCUUGUUCACCGCGCGGUUUCUAUGGCACAUUCCGACCACACAUGGACUUGGAGGAAAAGAUUGCGAAGUUUCUUGGAGUCGGUGAAGCCGUGCUGUACUCUUUUGGAGUGUGCACCGCGUCAAGUGUUAUUCAAGCGCUCGCGUCGAAAAUGGAUGUUGCGGUCGUCGAUCGAGGCGUUGGACCCAGCAUCAUCGCUGGCUUGCGCUUGGCAAAGCUUGAAGUUCGAUGGUACGAUCACGCCGAUGCUGCAGAUGCUGCUCGUGUGUUCGCUCAGAUCGAAACCGAAGAUGGUGCGACUUCCGCGAGAUUGACGCGACCGGUCAGGCGACGAUGGCUGAUCACUGAAGCUUGCUUCAGCUCGACUGGACGAUGCGCGCCUCUGCGAGAACUUGUCGCUUUGAAGGAUCAUCACCACGCACGCAUGAUUCUUGACGAGUCUUUUUCAUUCGGAGCCAUGGGAGAGACUGGACGGGGAUUGAUCGAGCAUGUUGGUUUGGGCAGUGGCUCCGUGGAUGUUAUUUGCGCUAGUUUGGAGAACUCGUGCGCCUCUGUUGGUGGUUUCGUGGCUGGUGAUACUGGUGUGGUGGCGUAUCAACGCCUGAUGGGAAGCGGUUACGUGUUCUCCGCUUCGUUACCACCGUAUCUGGCCACGGCUUCGUGCCAUGCCAUUAGCCGUAUCGAAGCCGAACCGGCCAUGCUUGAUAAACUGCGCGACAGUGCGCGGCGCAUUCGCAGUGCACUGGUGAGUGGAGAAAUUCCGGGUAUGACGACUGAGGCCGACACGGACUCACCUGUCAUCCCAGUCAAGCUUUCGGCGGGCGUCGGCAGCGGUGACGAAACCAUGCUUUUGCAUCAAAUUGCCGCGCGCAUGAGAAGUAAGGGCUUUGGAAUUUGUGUGGCGCGAGUGAGCCCGGUUAUUUUGCCCUCUCACCGUUCACCACCUGCUCUUCGAAUGUGCGCACACGCGAACUUUUCAUCUGACAAGAUUGACAACAUGCUCGCGGUCCUUCGUGAAGCUGCUUUGGAUAUUCUGCCUCAACACGCUUUAGCGUCACCUAUGCCACAAAAGCGAAUGUCAGUCGAUCAUCAAGUGAAACUGUCUCCCCGGUCGCUUUUCAUCGCUCAGUCGUAUGCUCCAUCGGUGCCAGGCGAAGAAAAAGCUAUGCGUAGCAACGAGCUUGAGGCCAUUAGGAAGAAAUUACUCGUAGAAGAAGAAGCCGAAGAAACGAAGGCUUGGAAGCUGUCGCUUUUGGACAACGAUAUCGACGAAGAACCGAAGAGUCUUUCGGUUCCUCUUCUCGUCGCGCUGCUGUGGUGCCACAACUUGUUCCGUCGCUACAUCAUCGGGCAAAUCAAUAUCACGAAGCACUUGGUUCCAAAUAUUCUCACCAAGGUUGGGCUUCACCCAGAUCAAGUCGGGACGAUCGGAAGAACCUUUCACGUCACUUCGAUGUGGCUAGGUAGUCGUAAUUUCUAUUAUUUGGUGCUUCCUAUCGUUGUGUGGACCGUCGACAGCAGCUAUGCGCAGUUGAUGAUGAUCUUGUACUGCAUGAGCUGUGCCUACGGUUGCUUGACAAAGGGCACGAUGAGCACGCAAAGCUCAAGUAAGCGACCGGUGAACAGCGCGCUUGGUGCCUUGGAUCCGCAUAAGGUGUACGCUUGGCCGUCCAUCGCCGGUAUGAAUGCAGCAGCCAUGCCCUUCUACAUGCUUCGUUGGCGUUACGGUAGCGUGCCGCUGUGGGACAUGGAGAAUCCUUACAUGGUCAUUGCACACUACUCCAUUGGAUUCGCAUACAUGCUAGCGAUCGUAAUGAGUCGAUUAGCAGUUGGUGAAACCCCAGCGAACAUGCAGGGAGGUGUUGUCUUAGGUGCAGUUGGGUUGAGACUUGUUUUGCCUUUCACCGAGUGGUGCAACACAGGUCUCAAGGCGGGAACAGUAAUGACAGUGCAAGGCGCUGCCUUCCUCGGUUUGACCGCUGCUGGUAUUCUUCUUUUCCCUGUUCCCUUGAACAGUCGAGGACAAGUUCUCGCGGGUGCGCAGACGUGCUACCGUCGUAUGUGGAGGACCCUGUUUUACAUGCUCUCAUUUUACAUGGGAUCGAUCUGGCGCAACAAGCCGCACCCAACAAAGCUUCCGAAGACGACACAAGGAUGGAUCACCGUGAUCGCCGUGAAGGCAUUCAUCGGCCACUUCUUUCUUUUCCUCACGGUGUACGUCUUCGGUUCGCUCGCGAAGAUUGCUUUCGAGAACGCUCUGCGUAUUUACGUGCGAGAGAUCAAACCGCGCAUCCAGCAACCCGGACAAAAGAGUGGCUCUGUCGGCACCGUGCACAUGCGCCGAGCCGCGCUUUACUUCGUCGAGCUCGCCCAGGACGUCACCGCUGGUCUCACCACCGCGUACGCGGUUCCCAGAAUUUUCGACACGCUCGCCAUUUAA